CAUAAGAAAAGCUGGUGCGCAAAAGACCUGCCUUGCAACCAUCAAAGGCAGCUGAGAUGGGACCUGAUCUUCAGAAAAAAAUAUAAAGUCCAAGCCGAAUGAGCAAGAGAUCCCAUUCCUCGGGGCAGACUGAGGAGGAAUUUUCUUUGUUCUGUUGUCCGCAGCUCCUGAACUAUUAAACAUCCUUUGCAAAGUGUGUCUUGCAAGGGAAACCCAUUUAUGGCUCCAACCUUGGAAGAAGGCGUAGCUGGAGGCUUCUUCCUUUCCUUUGCUGCCGUGUCCCUAGUUGGCAUAACCACUUGUCUCUUGGCCCUGUGUGUGCUUUGCAAAAGGAAAGACAAGAACAGGAUAAUCCCACAAGAUGGUGUGACGCUGGACGAAGGCGUAGAGAUAUUGUCGGCUGCCAGCCUGCACCAGCUCAACAGGGCUAAUUCCAGGGCAAAAAAUCAAAGACCAGCCAGUAUCAAUAUCCCUUACCCAUUGAGCGAAGACGAUGGCACUAUAUCCAGCUGCAGUUUCAUCAUUGUCCCCCAGAGGGAGCUGCCCCAAAUCCCCUUGGGGGAUCUGCUGUCCCCUGGGCAGACUUACUCAAACCUGAACUUCCAAAACCCAGUCCAGGAGAUCCUGUACGAAUCCGUGACGGGGGUGGAAAAAGAUAGGAAGGAACCAAGUUCUGUCAUGGAGGAGGAGGUUGUUGGUACAGGCAAGGGAGACCAGGCAGCGGGUGCUGAGUAUGCCCGUGUUCUGAAAGGGGUGAAGAAGGACCACCACGCGGGGUCGGCGGCAGGGACCUGUCGAGCGAUGCCGGAGGGAUGUCCAGCAGGCAUGCCUUUGAAUCCUCAAGCAGUGCAGGUAGAAGAAAUGUACUCAGUGGUGUGCAAGGACAGGAAGAAGAAGAAAAAGGACUCUGACAGGUGCAAUGAAGAGAGAACAUCUCAAGUGGAGAUAAGCCCAGGAAAUGUCCAGUUGGCUGCCGUCCAUCAGCAAUCAGAUGGCAAGGCAGGGCACCAGCCUCCAUCGUUCCAGUCCCCCAAGAUUGAACCCUGCUAUGAGUCUGUCAACUGUGAAUUGUGGGCGGACAGUGGGAGGAACCAAAGCACAGAACCAGCUUAUGAGACUGUAGAUACUUGCUGGAAAAAUCCAAGGAGGAAAGGAAAGCUGAACAGGAACAUCCCGGCAGAAAAUCUGUAUGAAAGCAUUGAAAACUUGGCAUUCCAGUUUCAGAAUCAAAACAUGUUAUCACAUUUUGAAGUCUGACUGUUUUGUUUUGUUUUGUUUAUCUAUUCAAGUGGAUGCUUCCCAGCUGGUAAAAUGCACUAGCUGAGCAGAGUACAAACUUCAUUAAAUGUUGUUGUAUGUCAGCCCUCGGAAAUCAUCAGAUACUGACUGCUACCACACGAGAACUGGCAGAUGAGCUCAUAUGUUGACUGCCUACGUACCAGAUACAAAGAGCUCCUCCAGAUGACUUGUUUGUUGAGCAUACAUCCUGAUUUGCUUGCACAAAGCUUACACAGAGAUUAGAUUAUGUCCAGCCUUUAUUGAGGAUUCAUUCUCAUUUGAUGAUGGGGACGCUAUAUGACAAUCUGCAUUCAUCUUGCAUUCAUCCUGAUUUGCUUAGUAGUUAUACGUCUUCCUGAAAUCAUUAAUUCAGCUCACAUUCUUCAGUGCAUUCUUUAUUACUUGCCUAACUGCAAAAAGUCUAUGUGUGUGUGUGUGUUUAAGGUAGAUUUGUUGCACCAAGGUAACAUAAUAUAUGCUGCCCUGGGCUCCUGCUGAGAGGAAGGGCAGGA